GAGAUUCUAUGUAGCGCUCCAGCGAGUGACUGUUGCAGACUCAGACUACCGCUAGAGGGAAGCCUGUCUCUCCGAGAAAACUGGAAUGGAAAAAAAUCUCAUGAACUCCAGCUCAUAGGGAUGUGAACCGUCCCUUCCUGUUUUACUGGCGAUCAGAGAAACGUUGACGCCGUGAUAUAGACGCGCAAGCUUCGAUUAUGUCUGGAACCGCUUACUCGACCAAGAGCAGAUGUUUUGUUUUCCUACGUGAAGCCGGUAACCAGCAAUGUCGCCUUAUAGAGCCUAUAUGUCACUUGACGAGUUCUAGUCUAUAGAUAUAUUGCUCCUUCUUCUGUCAAUGAUUGUCCUACCCAUAUAAGCCUUCUCAUGGCGGAGACCAAAAUAAUAUACCAUAUCGACGAAGAAGAAACACCGUAUUUAGUGAAACUGACCGUUUCUCCGGAAAAAGUCACGUUGGCGGAUUUUAAAAAUGUCCUCAACAAUCGCCCGGUCAGUAGUUAUAAAUUCUUUUUCAAAUCUAUGGAUCAGGAUUUCGGAGUUGUCAAAGAAGAAAUUUCUGAUGACAAUGCUAAGCUGCCCUGCUUCAACGGCAGAGUGGUGUCCUGGUUGGUGUUGGCUGAGAGCACACACUCGGAUGGAGGAUCUCAGUGCACAGAAAGCCACAAAGAGCUGCCACCACCCUUGGAGCGAACGGGAGGGAUUGGAGAUUCCAGACCCCCAUCCUUUCAUGCCAAUGCUGUGAGCAGUCGUGAUGGAUUGGACACUGAGAUGGGGACAGAGUCUCUCCAGAGCCAACGGAGAGAGAGGGAGAGAGAACGGGCACGCAGGAGGGCACGAGAAAAUGAGUUCCCUCGGGUGAACGGUCACUCGAAGUCAGAGCGUGCUAAUCGUGAUUCAGCUGUUGGCUACGACAGUGCAUCGGUGAUGAGCAGUGAGCUGGAGUCCAGCUCCUUUAUCGACAGCGAUGUGGAUGAGGAUGCCAGUAGACUUAGCACUUCUACAGAGCAGAGCUCUUCAUCGCAUCUCAUGCGCAGACAUAGACGUCGACGACGGAGACAGAAAGUCACCAAAAUGGACAAGUCCUCGUCCUUCAGUAGUAUUACAGACUCAACCAUGAGCCUUAACAUUAUCACUGUCACGCUUAAUAUGGAGAAGUACAACUUCCUGGGUAUCAGUAUUGUGGGUCAGAGUAAUGACAGAGGAGAUGGAGGCAUCUAUAUUGGUUCCAUUAUGAAAGGUGGAGCGGUGGCGGCUGACGGCAGGAUUGAGCCCGGAGACAUGCUGUUACAGGUGAAUGACGUGAACUUCGAGAACAUGAGUAAUGAUGAUGCUGUCAGGAUUCUGCGAGAGAUGGUCUCCAAACCCGGGCCGAUAAGCCUAACUGUGGCGAAAUGUUGGGACCCCUCUCCUAGAAGCUACUUCACAAUCCCCAGAGCUGAGCCAGUGAGACCCAUCGACCCUGCUGCCUGGAUCUCACACACUACAGCACUUUCUGGGCCUUACCCCCAUUAUGAGUUUGAAGACCUUCCUCUCUCAACGACAAAAACAGACAUGGCAACUAUAGUAAAGGUCAUGCAGCUGCCAGAUUCCGGCCUAGAGAUCAGAGACCGAAUGUGGUUGAAGAUCACCAUAGUCAAUGCUGUCAUUGGUGCUGAUGUUGUUGACUGGUUGUUCUCUAGGGUGGAAGGCUUCAAAGAUCGCCGCGAUGCCAGAAAAUAUGCCAGCAGUUUGCUGAAACACGGCUACCUGAGACACACUGUUAAUAAAAUCACCUUCUCUGAGCAGUGCUACUACACCUUUGGAGAUCUGUGCCAAAAUAUGGCCUCUCUUAAUCUAAACGAGGGUUCCAGUGGUGGAGGCUCUGACCAGGAUGGCCUGGCUCCUCUCCCUCCACCAAGCACCAAUCCCUGGCCCCUCGGAGGUCAGCCUUACCCUUACCCUGGUUACCCCACACCUCCAUCCGGCUUCCCUCCUGGAUACUCAGACCCCUGCCACAGUUUCCACAGUGGCAGUGCAGGCAGCCAGCAAAGUGAAGGUAGCAGAAGCAGUGGUUCCAACCCCAGUGCCGGGAAAGGACGAAGACCCUCGCCUCGAGAGAAGGAUCAUAAGGCACCAUGCUGUGGGGGCAGCGAAUCAGAACUGGUCAUGUGGGUUGGAAGGCGGGGUGAGAGGGCACCCAGUCAGCUUAGUCAUCAAAGCCACACACGCUCCGCUGUCAGUCAACCCCACUCGGGCCAUAGCUACGGUCACAGCUCCGGGUACAGCCACGGCCAGUGCCACAGCAUCUCCCAGCAUAGCCACACCUCUUUCUCAUACAGCCACGCCCCCUUUGUUCAACCCAGUCAUUUGUCGUGUGCCCACAGUGAGAGAAGUCAUGCCUCUUCCUACGGCCCACCGGGUCUCCCUCCUCCAUACUGCCUAGCUCACCUCGCCCCCAAAACGGCAGCAAGCAGUGGCCCACCGGGGGCUCCGCCCGUCCGGGAGUUAGGAAAUGUACCGCCAGAACUCACGGCUAGUCGGCAGUCUUUUCAGCACGCUAUGGGCAAUCCUUGUGAAUUUUUUGUUGAUAUUAUGUGACAGGAGAGUGCCUUUAACAUUUUCAGAGCACAAGGCCUACUUCCCACAAUUUGCUUCUUGAAGUUUUGCUACUGACGAUCCCUGCACUGAGAAUGUAACUGACAGCCCAUUUAAAAUCUAUUAAUGUCCAUUCAAUGUUAUUGAAAUGAGUAAAGGACAAUAAAAAAAAGCACAACUGCAAAGUUGAGUUAGACUCUGACAUGAAAGCUACAAUACUUAAGUAGCAGCACAAAAUAACAAAACUAAAAAGCUUUAACAGUAUGCUUCUGCUGCUCUACAUUUUGCACAAAUUGCAAGCCAGGCAACUCUCUAAACAGUCAGUAGUAUAAAGUGUAUCCAUGCUCUGGGUGAAGAAUUUUCUUACAUAAUUGCUUUUGAUUUUGCAUUCACCCUGUUAUCCAGUGACUGACAAUCAUAAUGACAACUGAUGUCCCUAAACAUUGCUGAAUGUAUUGUUCAUGUGUGUAAUUUCUGCGCCAUUAGCGUCACCAAGCAGAAUUGCAAAAAUAAUGACAAUGGUUUUCAAACAGGUUUCCCCAAACACUCUUCCGUUGGCUAUUGGUUGGACAAACAGAUUGUCCCGCCCUAAACUCAUGCCAUUGGUUAAGACAAUGUUGCUGUGUCGGGCUGGUUGGUAUACACAGACUUUUGAUAGCGCCUCAGUGUUGACACUUUUCAGGGAAAUUAGUCUGCGAAAGGCUUACUUAUUAUUUUGUCAACUUAUGCUAGGAUAGGAAAAAGCAUUUGAAUGUCCAAAUAAUUAAACACUUCACCUUUAUGUUUGACUAGAGUUCAGACCCGCCAAAUACCCCAGUAGCAUGAUAGCCAGUUAAGCUAUCAGUAAAUCAAUCUUUUGGAUUCUCAAUGCUUGGACAGUUGUACAUUUUAGAAUCAUGGUUGCCAAAUGUUGCAAAAAUGUCCAUCUUAGGAGCCAUUCAGACAGAGUGUGUUCUUGCACUAAAACAGCUAGAAUAGAACAGAAUGAAGAUGUCUAAGAUGUUUAAGUUCUUUUUAAAUUCUUACUGCAUAUAAACUUGGCGCUCCUGUGCAAGAAUCUGAAAAAAUAGUGUAACGCGUGUAGCGCAUGUUUACAUAGAAACACAGUUGAAAAAAAGUGUACACAGUACAUUUUUAACCAUAACAGCAUAAACAGUGGUUUUACAGCAUAAACUGCAGCAAUGAGGAUUCCAUAACUGACUAUUCAGACACCACCAGUUGUCUUAUUAUUUACCACUGUAUUAAGAAUGUCAUUGUACAGUUAAUACAGUAGUCUAUGAUGAGAAUGGUAGUAGGCCCUGUAAGUUACAACAUAGAUGUUAUUAUGAUUCUAAAACAGGCAGAUAGGCUAACCAAAGUCCCUUGGCAAUCAGUGAGUCAUGUUCUUUGUUCUUAAACAGUUGUUAUAUAUAUAUACACACACACAGUGCAUCCGGAAAGUAUUCACAGCGCUUCACUUUUUCCACAUUUUGUUAUGUU